AUGGAAUCGCCAGUAAACUCUAAUUUGAUUUCAUUGCCGGCAGAGGUUAUAUGCCGUAUUAUAAGUCAUGUUCCGGUCGAAUGUCAUCCUUCAGUUUCAUUAACCUGUCGCUACAUGCGAGAAUGCUCUCAUGUUGAUCGUUUAUGGCUACAACGAUGUCGUGAUGAAUACAACGUUGACGAUUACCGAAGUUGGAAAGGCGUUUCAUCGUAUUAUCAAUUAUAUUCCAAGAUAUUAUAUAGGUAUGGGCCUCUUCUAGGAGUCUGGUUACGUCGAAUGGGUUGCUAUGGAGGGCUUAUAUCAAUUAAAAUUCGAGAUGGUCAAAUAUUCGGUGAAGAAUACGUCGUAAAUCCCGACGAACGAUCAGCUGACAAAAUUAACGUUGUCUGUCGACCAGUCUUUGCUAUCACUACGACCGAAAACGAGGACUGUAUCGUAGAAUGUCAUACUCUACUUAGUGAAAGCCAUCGCGCCAACAUUGAUAUGAAAAUAUUUAAAAAUGGUCUAGUUGAUAAAUUUAAGCUAAAUUGUGAUGCGAAGUAUCGCCAUAUUCCUUUAGAAAACAAUGAUUUACAAUUUCUCUUCGACUCAUUAUAUCGACUGUGGGCUCAAGGUGAACUUGGAGCUAAUUAUACAAAUGACACAUUCGUUAAUGAGGUUAUCGGUAUAAAAUUUUGGACUUAUCUGUCAUGGAGUCAUGGAUUUACAUUUACUAGGCUUCCGCCAAUCAAUCAUAGCAAUGUUGAUACAAACAUAUCAAAGAAUCACUUACGAUCUGGAUAUUACGCCGGUACUUAUGGAGUCCAUGGACUAGAAAUUAUUCGGAUCCUGUACAAGGAGCAAACACUUAAUGGAACUAAAAUAACAGGCGAUCCUAACGUGCCUGCUGGCAAGAUCACUUUCAAAGCAUUUUUAAGUAAUCCUAUCCUAAUAGCCAAUCCUGAAGAUGGCCCAUUCUUACUAACUGACGACCUAUUACCAUCGAUUAAUGGCAUACCUCGCCAUGCAUUAGCUAUCUACCACGGUAGCGGACAAAUCGCUUUUGAAGGGUACAGAUUACCAAGAUUUAUUAAUGGAAAAUUUAUUGUAUUCAAUCAAGAUACGUGUGGAUUUAUUUGGUUGGGAGCUGUCAUUUCCUUUACUUUAUUCAAGCGUUUUGAUGAAGGAUUUCUCAAUGUAUAG